CUCUUGCUGCCUUCCUGAAUCCCGGUUCAGGCUGAUCUGGAUUAAACCUUCCACACACACACACACACAGACACACCAGAUCCCCCCCCCCAGGCUCCCUGCUUGUGGGGCUGGCAGGAUGAGCGCCUUGCAAGGGAGCUGCUGGUGCUGCUGGCGCUGCUGGCAGGGGCUUACAUCCCCAAUGCCUGCCCCACCAGCUUUUCCCCUUUGAGGGGAGAGGAGCCUGAGCAUUUUCCAUGCAGAAGGUGGACCCCAGCUGCAGCGUUCAUUCCCGGCUGCAGAGAGAAGGAGGGCCAGGAGGGUUUGGCACAAUGACUUCCCAUAAAGGGCCUUAGCAGCGUGGCAAAAUUUGGCUGUUUUCAAGCUGCCUCCCCCCCUUCCCCCAUUCCCUUCACCUCUGGGAGAUCUCACCUGGUUUCCCCUACCCCUGGCAUUCCCUCCCUUCUCCCACAGGCUGCGGAAGGGACGAGUCUACCAUGGCUGGGGACAGACUUCCAUGCAAAGUGAUGGAUCCCAAGAAGCUUGCUGGCCUCUUGAGGAGUGGGGCCGAAGGCAUGUUGGUCAUUGACAGUCGCUCCUUUGUGGAGUACAACUCCUGGCAUGUCAUCAGCUCUGUCAACAUCUGCUGCUCCAAGUUGGUCAAGAGGAGGCUUCAACAAGACAAAGUAUCCAUCACAGAGCUCAUCCAGCCAGCCUCCAAUAUAAAGGUGGAGGCAGAAAAGCACCAAGAUGUGGUAGUCUAUGACCAGAGCACUCGGGAUGCAAAUGGACUGGCCUUAGACAGUUUUCUCUCCAUUCUUCUUGGCAAGCUGGACAGCUGUUUCCACAACGUCUCCAUCCUUACAGGGGGUUUUGCCACCUUCUCAUCUUGCUUCCCAGGACUCUGUGAAGGGAAACCCACUGCGAUCUUGCCAAUGAGUAUCUCCCAGCCAUGCCUGCCAGUGGCCAAUGUUGGCCCAACACGCAUUUUGCCUCAUCUCUAUCUAGGCUCCCAGAAAGAUGUCUUAAAUAAGGACCUGAUGACUCAGAAUGGGAUAAGCUAUGUCCUCAACGCCAGCAAUUCUUGUCCCAAGCCAGAUUUCAUCUGUGACAGUCACUUCAUGCGCAUUCCUGUCAAUGACAAUUACUGUGAGAAACUCCUUCCCUGGUUGGACAAGUCCAUUGAGUUCAUUGACAAGGCCAAGGUUUCUAGCUGCCAGGUGAUAGUGCACUGCUUGGCAGGAAUCUCCCGAUCAGCCACCAUUGCCAUUGCAUACAUCAUGAAGACAAUGGGCAUGUCUUCAGAUGAUGCCUACAGGUUUGUCAAAGACCGGCGCCCUUCCAUAUCACCAAACUUCAAUUUCUUGGGUCAGCUCCUGGAGUAUGAGAGAAGUCUGAAGCUGCUCAAGGUUUUGAAGGCCCAAGGGGAGAAGGGUGAGGGAGAAUCCUACCAAGACCACUCUGAAGCACCUGAAGGCAACAGGCAGCAGACUCUGUCUACCUCAGAAAAGGCAGAGGAGCUAUUAAAAAGCACAACCUUGGAAAUCUCCUCAAUUGACUCUGAGAGGCCAUCAGGAAUUCCCAAGGUUGUCUCACCUACAGCACUACAGCAAGGACUGAAUGGGUUGCACUUAUCUUCAGAGCGCAUUCAAGAUACCAACCGGCUGAAGCGUUCCUUCUCCCUGGACAUCAAGUCAUCCUACUCCCCUAUCCAGAGGCAGGAUGCUGUGGGUCCUACAGAAGCAGGAGAAACCCCCAAGCUCUGUAAGCUGGACAGCCCUUCAGGUCCCAAUGGCACAUGCCAGUUCUCUCCUCUUCCAGAUAGCCCUGACUGGCCCAGUGGGCCCGACUUCCUUCUAGAGGCCAAAGUACGGCAGAGACGAAAGCACAGGCACCAGGCGGGCUCCCCUGCCCAUGGGCUGAGCCUUAAUUUCAGUGGGGUGUGUGCCAUGCAUAAAAGCACCAGUGUGGAGGACAGUCUCAAGCAAACGCUUCGGCUGAGCCUUCCCAAUGUUGGGCAGCAGCUGGCACAGCCGGCUAGUACUCCAACUUCUGCUGGCACUUGGGGUGUGCACUUGGAAUCCCCUAGCACUCCUUCAUCAGAGAACCCCUGGUAUUUCAGCACAGACCCAGCAGCAGCAGGUUGCAAAGGCAGUGGGAGCGGGACUCUGUUUGCCAAUGCCACCACCUACACGUCAUUCAGCUGCAGCACAAUCCAGGCUAGCUGCGAGAUCAGACUAAGGGAGAAGCAGCGCGGAGAGCAGCGGGAGGUGCGGCACAGCUGGCAUGAGGACACUGCUACUGAGAAGCAGUUCAAGCGAAGGAGCUGCCAGAUGGAAUUCGAGGAGACCUUGUGCGAGAGCAGGUCUCGGGAAGACCUGGGCAAAAUCAGCAAACAGUCUAGCUUUUCAGGCAGCAUGGAAAUCAUAGAGGUGUCCUGACAUUCACCUUGUGAGAUCUGAGAGCAAGCGUGGGUGUAUCAGCU